GCCGAGGUGCCCGGGUCCGCACCCGCGCCCCUGAGCUGGCGCUGACCUUGAGAUCGCCUCUGUCAGCUGAUCUGUGCUCUCCGUGUGGCGGCGUCUCUCUCCGGCGGCUGGGGGUGCUCACUGUACCGCCCGGUCCGGCUGCUGGUGAGGAGCGCCCCGCGCAGCUCCCGACGAGUUGUGCAGUGUGCACGUCGGACAGAGCGGUUACCGGCCGGACCGGCACCGCCGCCGCGCUGCAACACGGAGGCCAGGGAAGUGCGCAGGACUGGAACGGGUGAACAUUUGUAGUGGUGCUUGAUAACUUAUUUUUAUUUGUUCCUCACGCGGUAUUAAAUAUUUGCACGUGCUCCGGUGCAGGCCCGCGGCCAAGUGCUGUGAAAACACCUGGAACGGUCGGCGGUACUGAGACUGACCUGCCCUGACCCGUCUCCGUUCGACCAUGUGGUUACCGACCCUGGUGCCGGGCCCCGCGACGGCCUCCGUGCUCUGUCUGGUGGUACUGCUCAUCGCCCUCUGGGCCCGACGGAGGAAACGCUUCCUGAGCGCGCUCCAGGCAGCCGGUGUGCCCGGACCCUCGCCCAGCUUCUUCAGCGGAAACGUCAUGGACUUCCGUUACGGAGCGAAACCGCCCCACCUGGUCGUCGACGACUGGCUGAAACGCUACGGCAACAUCGUCGGCUUCCACAUGGGCGUGCACCGGUACACGGUGGUGAACGACCUCGACUUGCUGCAGGAGAUAUUCAUCAAGGACUUCAAGAACUUCAACUCGCGGCCGCCGCCGUCCAUCUCCACCGAGGACUUCCGCAACUCGGUGCUGCAGGUGGAGCAGUCGCGCUGGAAACCGAUGCGCUCCCUGAUGGUCUCCUGCUUCACGGCCUUCAAGAUGAAGCAGAUGUCGCCGCUGGUCAGCCAGUGCGUCGACACGACGCUGGACGUGAUCGGCGAGGCGUCGGCGCGCGGCGAGGACGUGGACGUACACGGCCUGUUCCAGGCGCUCACCUGCGACGUGAUUGCCGCCUGCGCGCUGGCGCUCAAGGCCAACUGCCAGCGCGACCCACACGACCCGUUCCUGCACCGGGUGCGCUUCUUCAUGGACCACGCGUCCAACCCCAUCACCGAGUCGGCGUUCGCCUUCCCGCUGAUAGCUGACGUCUUCGGCGUCCUGCUCAAGCUGUUCGCCGUCUCCGAGAAGAUGGUGAUGAUGAUCAACGACAACCUGACGGAGGUGAUGCGGCGCCGGCGCCAGAACCCCCAGUCGUGUCCGCAGGACAUCCUGCAGGCCAUGCUGGACGCCAGCGAGGAGCAGGGCGGAGGCAGCAACAACCGCAUCCAGAUGACGGACCAGGAGGUGAAGAGCAACGCGCUGGUGCUGGUGCUGGCCGGCUACGAGACGACGGCCAACGCGCUGGUGUUUACCGCCUACCUGCUGGCCAAACACCCGCACGUGCAGGAGCGCCUCUACGACGAGAUAGUGGAACACCUGCCG